UUUCCUCCGAUGGCGUCACGUUAUUUUGAUGAUCAAGUCAAGUUGAGUGACCCUUACGUUUACUUUUGCCAUCGCACAUGUCACUACAAGUGCACCGAGGAAUUAGUUUAUACUUUUGAGUAGGUGCAAGUUUAACUAAAGGCAUGGUUAAUCGGUCAGCUUAAUAAUGGUUCGGAUGGGAUAAACAACACCACCAUUUGUCAGAAUGAGUCGUAGGCUGGCACCACACAUUUGGGUGAAAUUAAGUAGAGGUUUUGUUUUGUGGCACCUUCAUGCUUACAAGUCUGGACUGUCAUCUCUCCCUGGUACCUCUCACUACAGGAUAUAUGUGCAACAGCCCGGGGGCUACAAAUUUGGCUCUCUCAGCCAGAGACGACUCUGCCAUUACUCAAGGAUUAAGACUCGAAAAGAAUGGAUUUUAAGAACUUCACAGAGACUAUUCCACACCAGUACUCUGCAUUUUAAUACUUCUACUUCUCGCUGGUUCACUGGUUUCAACAUGUCAAGAGUCAAAAACACUCUAGGUACUGUUUCUAAAGCUGUCAGUGGAAGCCAUACACAACUGCUCUCUAAAAUUGCCAGACUAAAACCAAAAGCAGCCAAAACUGGUAAGAACAUUGCAGCAAUUGUGGACACUGCGCCAAAAGUCGAGCAAUGUGAAGUAACACAAGUGGGCAAUCCAAAAGAAGCUUCUUCUACAACUGGAGAGAGCACAGUUAAACCUGUAGUAAACUCAUCUGGCACCACUGGGUCUGCUGAUUCAUUUGAAAAAAACACAGCUCCUACACAAUCUUCCAACCUAACACAUGCUGCCAAUAGUAUAAUAGUGCAAAGUCCAAAAGACCCUCCAAGAUUAAAACGUGUUGUCACCACUACCAAAAAUGGUUCUGCCAAAAAACCUGAUGAAACAAAAUCUACAAGCGAUACUCAAAACAAAAACUCAACUGAUACUCAGUCGACCCCACUUUUCCAUCCGAGUGCCUUUUCAGUCAGCCUGGAUGAAACGUACAACUACUUGGCACAUCACAUCAACUCAUACUUCAGCAGCAACACCAAAACUGAAGACAAAAACCAUAAUACUUAUGGUAAAAUAAAAGAUGGCGCCAUUUCAGUUGUUGAUAAAACAGAUGUUACUCCUGCAAUACAACCAACCCCACCCAGAAAGAGCAUAGGGCAGUAUUUGUCCUACUCUGCUCCAACUGUACAGGCCUUUGUGGGCAGCUAUAUAGCCCCCCUGGUCCCGAGGUUUAGGACUACAGAAUCUAAAAGCCCCGUAGAAGAGAAGACUUCUGAUGUGACAGCAACUGAACAGGUUGAGGCUACAAUAAGUAAAGAGGAGAAAGCAGCAGAGGAGAAAACCAAGAGACUUCUGCUCCAAAGAGAAAAGAUCAUAGCAAGGGUGAGUGUUGAUAACCGGACCCGGGCUCUGGUGCAGGCCCUCCAAAGAGCAUCAGAUGUGAGGGUGUAUAUCAGUAGAGUGGAAGACCUCAGCUAUCACCUCCUUGAAUUUCCAGAAACCCGUGGGGUCGCAGUCAAGGAGAAGGUGAUCCCUUGUCUGCUUCGGCUGAAACAGGCAAGUGACCCAGGCCUCCGUUCUGCUGUCCGAGAAGCCCUGGCUCUGGUGGGGUACCACAAAGCUGUUAAAGGCCGUGGAAUAAGGAUCCUGUCCAUCGAUGGAGGAGGUUUAAGAGGAUUAGUGGCCCUUCAGACUUUGUGCAAACUGGAAGCUCUAACUGGCAAACCCAUACACAAACUCUUUGACUAUAUAUGUGGUGUCAGUACAGGUGCCAUUCUUGGAUUUUUACUAGGCAUUUUCCAAAUUCCUUUAAGUGAGUGUGAUGACCUUUAUCGAAAGCUGGGCUCGGACAUUUUCAAGCAGAAUGUCAUUGUUGGCACAGUGAAGAUGGGAUGGAGCCACGCUUUUUAUGACAGUGAGGCCUGGGAGAUUUUGCUCAAGGAGAAAAUGGGUUCUAACAUCCUGGUGGAGACUGCAAGAAACCCCCAGUGCCCCAAGGUGGCAGCUGUGAGCACCAUUGUGAACAGGGGCACUCCUCUGAAGGCCUAUGUGUUCAGGAACUACAACCUUUUGCCUGGAGUGCGCUCUCAUUACCUGGGGGGCUGUCAACACCGGCUGUGGCAGGCCAUCCGUGCCACAUCAGCUGCUCCGGGAUACUUCCAGGAGUUUACUCUGGGCCAGGAUCUUCACCAGGACGGCGGUCUUCUCAUUAACAACCCCACAGCUCUGGCGGUGCAUGAGUCCAAGUGUCUGUGGCCUGACACGCCCCUAGAGUGUGUGGUCUCACUCGGGACUGGACGCUUCGAGAAUCCAAACAAGAACAACGUCACCUACACCAGCCUCAGAACCAAGCUCACCAACGUUAUCAGCAGCGCUACUGACACAGAGGAAGUCCAUGCUAUGCUGGAUGCCUUCUUGCCUCCAGACACCUACUUUAGAUUCAACCCCUACCUCAGUGAAGAGAUCUCCAUGGAUGAGAACAGGCAGGAGAAGCUCAACUUGCUACAGACAGAGUGCAUGCGUUACCUCGAAAGGAACGAGGAGAAACUUCAAAAGGUCGCUUGCAUCCUCAGCCGAGAGAAGAGCUCCGUGCAGAGGAUGUCAGAGUGGGCCAAACUCAGGGCAGAUAUGUUCAAUGGGUUUCCCUAUUCGUCUAAAGCCUAAGUCACAACUGUACCUCAUAUUUAUUCAUGACGAGACUUUUGACGUUGAGAAAUAAUGCAUUAUCAAAGUAGAGCUGCUUUAUGUGAUGUACGUUUUUAAAGUAGAGCAAUGAAUAUUUAAAUUGUAGUCAUUUUUUUGACAUUGUAAGUUCUUUUCAGUUUAAAUUGGAAUGCAAUUGUGAUUUAAUUAAGAUUGAGCCUAACCAGGCUAACGAGACCUUUCUAAUCAUUUAAUUUGGUUAGUCACACAGUUAUAUUGAAGACAAUGAUAAUAAAGUACUCAUUUAUUUAGUUCUGAUUGAAUAUUGUGUUUGCUGUUAUGAGCAACACAAGUACACACUACACAACACAAAUUGUCAUUGAUAAUUUUGACUUCAUGUAAAUAAUUCAGAUGCAAUAGGAAAUGGAAAAUUUACUCUGUAUGGCAUUCUGACAGACAGUAUUUUUAAUUAAUAGACCAUAAGGCAGAGAUUGGUGUUUUGAAUGUACCUACCUACUGACUAAUACCUGUUCCUAUUUUUGUAAAUGGUUUAAUCAGGGUAAUUCAUGCACUGCCCGCUGGGACAUUUUAGCUUGGAGGACUGUUAUAUUGCACUUUUUAACUCUGCAGCUAUAUUCACUAUUGUGUUAAGCGGCAUCAGAUGUUAAUGUAUUCUUUGAUUUAUUUAACAUUGUAUUUUAUUUAAAGGCACAAGUUUGUUAACAGUUUCACUUACUCAAAGUAAAAGGAAAAAAUUUUAUUGUAAUUAUCAUUCAAUAUUUCAUGAUGUCAAUUUCUUUCCAUCGUUGCCAUAGCAAAUCACCUUGCUCCUAACAAGCAAUGAUUCACAUAUUGAUUCUGCAUACAUUUAAGUCAGAUCAAUAAAGUGAAUCAUGUUCAUAUUUGUUCAUUCAGGCUUGGGAGAGAUCUUGGAAGUAUACUACACUCACGUAUUCUCCUUAGUUAAAAUUUUUCCCUGAUAAAUUUGAAUUGAACUAUGUUACAUUUUCAGUCAGUGGUUCCCAAAGAUGGGGGGCACCAGAAAUAAAUGGUAAAAGCCCACAUAUAUGAUUGGAGAUGUAUAAAAACACUCCAAAUAAUCUGAAGUAAAUGUAUGUAGGGAUCAUUUUUAUCUUGUGUCUUGGAUGGGUGGAUAGUCUAAUUAAAAGGUUGAGAAUCAGAACUGAUAUGUGCAUGUAACGCGUUGCUUUAAAAGACAUCAAAGUAUUUCAGUCCACAGACAUUUUAAACCACUUACUUGUCAUUAUUAUUUGAUUCUUAUGUUUUUUCCCUCAGGCCACUACACAUUUAUGCUCUUGUUCACCGUGGCCUCUUCCUCUUUUGAUGCAUGGCUCUGAGAAAGCCUUUUAUUUCUCCCUUUUGUACCUGGAGGUGCCCACUCUUUCAUUUUCCAUAGAGCAAGUGCCAUUCAGGCGGCACUCCUCUGAAGGACUGGUUCACAGACAGAUUGGUGCUUAUUGAUUUACCAUGGUUCAAAUAGGCAUUCAUUUUUAUUUUUUCUCUCAUUUUGCACUGCAGAUGUUUAUUUUUCCCUACCUGGUCAAAUACUGUGAAAUGUUGGGAUUCAAUAAUGGACACAUACAACUCCUGCUUUCCUAUGGCUCUUUGUAAACUGUACCUAAUUAAAAAACUGUCAUGCCAUAU